AUGGCGGAAGGGGAGGACCAGGAAAAUCUCGAAGAAAAUAAGGCAAACAAGGAAACCGAAGAUGAGAAUACAGCUAUCAGUGAUAUAGACGAGAGUGAUCUAGUCGAAGAUACCGAUAUGAGCCCCACUGUUCAGAGUGUUCUGGGAUUUGAAAGCACCGCCUCACAGAAGCUUCCAUCUCACAGUCGACCGCAAGAUGUGACGAUGACGGCUAUUCGUCCAGAUCCAGAGAGCGAUGAUGAAGAUUUGUUGCCACCUCCAGUUACGCAUCUGGGAGAGAGAUAUCAAAAAAGAUCAUCAGGGAGGAUGACAGUGCCUUCAAGCCGACUUGAAGGCUAUAAGCUGUAUUAG